AUGGAGACAAUCAAGAUGAGGUUGCCACCGGAAGCCUCAGAAGAUCGCGCCCCCGAAAUUGGACCAAAAGUGUCCCCUUAUGCGAGCCCUAGCUGCAAGGUCUACUUCAGGAGCGGGCAGCCGUUUAUAGUCCCGCGCGGUCUACUACGCGAAGGGCUCGAGAGCAUUUGCUACAAGUCGAACGAAAUACGCCUCGAGAACGUGCUGGAUGAAUGCGGCCAUGUAGUUAUCCACUACCUUCACACUGGCAGAUGGCAAACCCUCGACGAUGCAGACUUGCCCGGUGCAGCGAGACUUUCGAAACGACUAGAAGUCAGCUUACUCGUAUACGGCACGGCGCAAACAUACAACUUGCCAGGCUUGGCGGAGCUCUCCAAGCAGAAGAUCUCUCAAUAUGCCGGGGCGUUGCCUGCUUUGCAGGUUCUUGUAUUAGCAUCCGAUGCUUGCCAACUCUUGGGGGAGGGGGACCUCUGGUUCUCUACGUUCAUCAAGCUGCGUGUUGAGGAGCUAUUUCAAGACGCUUCGUCGCAGGAAAAAACGCGCUUCUUGACGUGUUUUGACACGGCGACGCCAUACUCCAAGAUGCUCGUCAAACUCAUCGUUGAGAUAUGUUGCAGGAACUCGGCCCCUUUCUGCCCUGAAUCCCAGCCUAAUACGCCUCCGGCUGAACCGGAACUGCCGGAACCGUACGACCCCACUGAACUUUCUACAAAAUACAAGAAGAAGAAAAAGAAGAGAAACCCGUGGGAACAUCCUGCUGAAGAGGAAGCCCCUCCCGUGGCCAUCGCGGACCCAGAGCCAGAACCAGCGCCCGCGUCUGCGCGAUGGACGGAAUCGGAGCCAGAACCAGCGGUGGAAGCAGCGCCAGACCCACAGACUGUUUAUGAACUUGGAUGGCCGACGUCCAUGUCCAAGACGGACAGGAAGGAAUCGAUGGAAAGCCUACGGGAACGUCCUCCUGAAGAGGAAGCCCCUAGGAUGGCCAUCGAUGCAGAGCCUGAACCAGUGCCAGAUCUGCCAGGACCAGCGCAAUGGGCAGAGGCAGAGGCACAAUCAGCUAGAGAACCAGCGGACCUGCCGGCUGUUCAUAAUGGUGGAUGGACGACGCCCACUCCCAAGGAGAAGAAGAAGAAGAAGAAGAAAGCCUCUGUUUAA